AUGCCUGGGGAUUACUACAGUCCUCUUCUUUUGGAAGAUGUUAUAUGUUUUUUCUUCACAUCUGAAUGCCAAUAUCAUGUGCUUUGUCAGGUUGGAGAAUCAAAAUUCAUCUUUGAAGCUAGGACUAUACAGAGAAUGGAGCUUCUGGUGUUGAGCACUUUGAAGUGGAGGAUGCAAACUGUUACUCCAUUCUCGUUCAUAGAUUACUUUCUUCAAAGGAUCAAUGAAGGCAAACUGCCGCCAAGAUCCACAAUUUGUCAAUGCAUCGCACUCAUCUUAAGCGCAGUUAAAGGGAUUGAAUUCUUGGAAUUCAGGCCCUCUGAGAUUGCUUUAGCAGUGGCAAUAUCUGUAUCAGGAGAAUCCCAAACGGUGGAUUUGGACAAGGCCAUUUCCUGUGGCAUGCAUGUAGAAAAGGAGAGAGUAUUGAAGUGUUUUGAACUAAUUUAAGAGAUAGCAAUGAUCAGUAGGCCUGUUAAAUGUGUAAGUAGGCCAGUCUCAUCAGUGCCACAGAGCCCCAUUGGGGUGCUGGAUGCUGCAUGCUUGAGCUAUAAAAGUGAUGAAAUUACAGUUGGGUCAUGUGCAAAUUCUCAUACCAGCCCAGCCUCUAAGAGGAGGAAGCUAAACAGAUCAUCUGAGGUGGACAUGUAGUCAUGAUGUUGUUGCAUAAGGGGGGGUUUUCUCACACAUGCCAGUUUGGUUGGUUGAGUGGGAGUUUUGGUGUGGU